CCGCGUGCCCCAGAGCGCGCACAGUUCACUUCCGGUCUUCCGCGCUGUUCACUUCCGGUUUCGGAUCACAGCAAGCCCUGCUACAAUCUCGCCGUGAAAUCUCACACACACACACUCAUACACACACUCAUACACACACAUCACAACAAGGAAACGAUGCUUUGGCUUUAAACGCUGCGAUCAAGCCGCGCGCGCGCUCCUCGGCGUCCCCGUUAGAUGGUUCAGGCAGCGCGAGAGGCGGAUCGGGUCCCUGGUCAUGCACAAGUCGCUCUUCUGACUCAACAGCAGCGCAGUUUCAGCCCAAAAUGCCCGACUGCUGCGCCGCAGCCGACUGUAAGCAGAGCUCCGAUCAGCGCAACGUCUCCUUCUUCAGGUUUCCUCUGGACCCCGAGCGAUGUAAACAGUGGGUGGGGAACUGUCGCAGAUCGGACCUGCAGACUAAAACGCCCGAGUACUUACACAGAAACUUUAAACUGUGCUCAAGACACUUUGAGGCGUCUCUAAUACAGAAGGAAAGUGAACUUCGGACGGUUUUAAAGGACGGAGCCGUCCCGACCAUAUUUGACUUCACGACCAAGAAGGGCAAUGCACAGAACAGCAACCGGAAGAGAAAGAUACAAGCUACUGCAGCUGAUCCUGUGGAAGCAAAAAAGGUUAAAGAUGAUCCCCCGCCGGUGACAGUGGCACAGAAUGUGACAGAAGACUCCACGGAGGACGCUGUACAACAGGAACCUACGCCAGUCAAACCAGAGAAGGAGGAUCCUGCUACGUCCAAAGCCAAGGAAAUCCUGAAGAUCCACUUUAAGGAGACGUUAGCAUUCACUGGCUUCAGCAUCGUCAACAAUGUCGCCGCCAGCGCUACGAAGCCGAUGGGGGGCGGAGCCGUCGGGCCGCUCACGGUCAACCCCGUCUGUGCGGAAAAGAUCGACCCGAAAGAUGUGCUGAGACUCGGCGAGGACGUGAUGCGUGAGGAGAUCCAUAACACUUUGCGCAUGGCUCGCUUUUUCUCCAUUCUUCUCCAGGACAAGACCAACAUCGAAGGCAAGGAUCAGAUCCCCGUGUUCAUCCGAUCCGUCAGCAACGACGGGUUUCCUCAGAAGCACCUGCUGGGGUUCCUGCCCUGCGACGUGGAUUCGGACAGCCUGUACCUCAUGCUCGUGUCCGAGAUCCGCAACAAGUGGGGACUCCGAAUGGAGCACUGUCGAGGGUUCACUUACCUGACGACGGGCAGCUUGUGUCAGAAGCUGAAAGAGUUCUCCUGUCGGAUGCUCCGUGAUUUCCCGCAGGUUGUCCUGGCUCCUAGUGACCCUUAUGCUUUCAACAUGUGGCUGAUCCGCUCCUUGCCCGUCCUUUCCGUACAGGAUGUAGUCGACACCGUAGAGGAGGUGGCCACCGUCCUGAGGCAGUCCGAGACGCUUAUGAAAAAACUGCUCACUAAGAUUACGGCGGCGUACAGUCACAUCAAAGGCGAGGUGGAUCGCGUCAAGGAGUCUUGCCAGAAUAAUUGGGAAUAUGGCACGGAUGCCUUCCAGACGAUGCUGGACAUCCUGGAGCCUCUGCUGAACAGCAUCGGAGAGAUGUGCACCAGCGCGCUGUCGGAGGUGGACGCGACCGUCGUGGAACAGCUGCUCAAGCUCAAGGAGAAGCUCAAGAACUUCAACUUCAUCAUCACCCUGGUGAUCCUGAAGAACACUCUUUGCUGCGUGAGCAUCCUGAACCCGAGCCUGAGGGGGAUCAUCAGCAUCAGCAGCACCUUGCAAUACACUAUUUCCAAUGCCUUAAAGCUGCUCAACAAGCACCUGCAGGAAAUCCCUAUAUUCCACAGGAAGUGGUUCUCCGACGCCGUGGGCAGGGCCAAAAAGCUGGGCGUGUCGGUCACUCUGCCGGCGGACACGGCUGCGAACGGCGACUCCGACACCAAAACGCCGCCCUCGCCGGAGGACUAUUACAGGGAAACACUAAGCAAAAUGGUCCUGCAGUACCUCAUCGAAGAGGUGAAGAGAGUCCUCGGGAUCGAGAUGGUCCGAAUCCUGAGAUGGCUGUCUUUAGUGCCGUCGUACAUGGCCGACCACAAUUUCAGCAUCCGCAAAGACAAGGUCGCCGACGCGAACCUGAACAACCUGGCUCGCCCGGACUCCUUCUACGACGAGCUCGGCUGCUGGGAAGUCAAGUGGAGGCACGCGAGCAAGCGCAGGAUCCUGCCCACCGGCGUCUUUGCCACCUUAAAGAUCCCCGAUAUCGGAUUCUAUCCCAACGUGCAGAGCCUGCUGAGGGUUCUGGGUUCGAUCCCUUGCAUCAACGCCGACGCAGACGUAUACGUGCAGUACGACAUGGUAUUGGACAGGUAUCGCUCCUACAUGAAGGUGAUGCCUGCAGAGAAAAGAAUGUGCAACAUGGCGUUCAUUUACGUCAAUCAGGACGUGCACUUCAACAUCGACGACAUGGUGCAGUCGUACGUGGAAAGCCAUCCGGACAUACUGCAGCUGCUUUGUAAGGAUGAUGCAAUGGAAGUUCAAGCUUCAGCAACAGAAAAUAACACAAACGAUGCCUCAAAGGAAGAUAUGGAGGAACCGAGAGAAAUUAUUUUGGACAUGGAGUUGGAGAGGCCGAAACCAGCAGAGUGUUCGGGGACUGAUAAAGAGGCGUUAAAAUCGGCGCUGAAAGCGGCGCUCACUGCAGCAUGCAACAGCCAAAGCAGACAGUUUCAGGGAGGCCCAGAGGGCGAGGUCGAAUACGUGACCAAAUCUGAAAUGAACGAAGUUUUGAAAGUGUGCGAGGAUGUCGUGCGAGACGGGAUUCUUUCCGAAGCGGGAAAUUCUUUCUUCUCCCUGUUCAUUGAUCGAGCGGUGAGGUUUGGCGAAACGGACUUCCUCCCGCUGUUUCUCAGGUUCGUGGACAGUUUCGAUGUCAUGCGUUUGGAACUGAUGGGGUUCAUGGAAGCGAACCUCGAUACCGAGGCGAUGUGCGAGCGCCUUUUUGACAUCGUCACCAAAGAAUGGCGUCUCGAUUUCAAAUACUGCAGAGGCCAGGCUUACUUGGGUUCUGGGGAAAUCUCGUACAAGCUCAAGGCCUUUGCAUGCAAAGUUCAGGAGAAGUACCCUCUGGCAAUAUGCACUCACUGUUCCUGUUACUCUUUCAACACGUGGUGGUCGAGGUCGGUUCCGGUGCCCUCCAUCAGCAGAGCUCUAGAUAUCCUCGAGAAGAUUGUGGUGUUUUUCAGCAGCUCGCCCGAACUUGAAAAACAGCUGGACCAAGUCAUAGCUGUUGGUCUGCGCGAGAGCUACGAGAAGAUCCACGAGUUUCAAGGAAACUUCUGUUCCUCUUGGCAGGAGAAGCACGACUCCUAUGAUGUCUUCUCUCAGAUACUGGAACCUCUAGUCGAUUGUCUGGAGAGGUUCCAUAACAGCAGUCCACCGCUGUGGAGUUUAGCCGUGAUCAACCAAGCGAAGAAACUCCUGCAACUGAUCCGAGACUUUGACUUCAUCGUGGCAAUAGUGGCUCUAAAGAACAUUUCAUCUUUCACCAGAGAACUGAGCGCGGCUCUGCAGAAAGACCAUUUCAGUGCCGCGUCACAGCUCUGUCAGAUCAGCGGCAUUGUAGCCACGCUCAACAGACUCAAGACCAACAUAAAAGUGUUCCAUCAAAACUGGUUUGACGAAGCGUGUGUCGUUGCUCAAAGCUUAGGCGUGCAGGUUAAAGUGCCUGAGAGCGUCCCAUGUCCCAGGGACAGCCUCCUAAAGCCGGGCGGAUACUAUAAAGACGCGGUCAGCGUCCCUUUAGUCGACCACAUAAUCAACUCUGUCAAGGACCAUUUCUCCGAUGACCACAAAGAGGCUCUCAACUUCUUAUCUCUGGUCCCGUGCUCUGUAACCAUGAGCUACAUUUUCGAAAGCCUGAAGUCGAAGCCUCCGUUGUACGUCAGUGACCUUCCGGAUCCCGACAACUUCUUCACGGAACUUUCUUGCUGGAAGGUGAAAUGGAAAACCAAAGUGGUUUCCCCGACGAUACCGGAUACUAUUUUUCAGACUCUCCGCCUGCCACUCAUGCAGUAUUUCGCCAACAUUAACACGUUGCUGAAGAUCAUGUCAGUGUUACCGAGUACCACGCUGGAGCAUUGCGGGGAGGUGAAGCGCCAUAAAAUGUUUCAGGACUUCCUGAGGAGCACGUACGCCAAGGACAGGACUCCGUGUUUGGCCAUGCUCCAGGUGGGCACAAACUUCAACAGAGAUCUGGACAGGAUGGUGACGCAGUGUUUGAAAGUCACUCCAAAGACACUGGAAGGCAUCUGUCUGGACAAAGAAGCAAAAACUCUGAGGAAUUCCGAAAUACGAGCAGAAGACAACCACAACGACGAGGAGAUGGAGGUUCAGCAGGAAAGAGCAACUAAAAAACUCCCAGACUUCAAUGAGUUAAAGGCAGAAGGUACCUGCAUGGCUGCAUCCAACAAAAUUGAGACCCAGCAGGUUCCUGAAGUUGUGCCUGCAGUAGUUAUGGACGGACAGCAAGCGAAGCCUUUGGAUGAGAACGGUCACUCUGACCAGCCUGCGGACAGUCUUCAGAGGGUCUUCAUGGUGGCGGCCAGACUGGCCCGGAAAAAACGCCUGUUCCUGGAUCUACCCACGGAAGGGCAAGACCUGGUCAUGCAAGAACUUGGUAUGUGUCAGUGGGACCAGGAGAACACGAAGCAUUUAUCAGAAGUGGAUGUGCUGGAGAGUAUUGUGAAGUCGAUGAGAGAAACGAUCCUCUCAGAAGUUCAAGAAUCGCCGUUUUUUUCCAUUAUUACCGACAAGGUGGUGUCUGUGGGUGACGAGAAGUACGUUCCGGUGUUUGUCCGGUAUGUGGACAGUUUCACCCCGAAAGUGGAGCUUUUAGGGUUUCUGCCCUUGGACUCGAGUUCUGAUGCAGAUACCCAAGCUAAGACUCUCUCAAGCAUCCUCUCAGAGGAGUGGGGACUCCAGAUGGGAUGCUGUCGUGGCCAGUCCUUUAUGUGCAUGGGUGCUGGGGGUCAAGGUCUGAGAAAGCUAUCUUUAGGAUUCUUGGAGAGCUUUCCUCUUGCUGUGAACACACCCAGUGAGUCCUGUGGACUUGCUUAUUGGCUGGCAGUAAGCCUUCAUAACGACCCCAUCGCAAAGGUGCUCGGCGUAGUCGAGGACCUGUUACUUUUUUUCGAUCAGUCACCAAGACUGCACGUUGAGCUUUCUCAGACAAGGGAAGGUCUCUUGAACACUCCUCGGGAAGCCCUCGCGGAGGUCCCAGAAACGUGUUUGUCGAAGUGGAAAAAGACAGAGGAUUUCUUUGACAUUUUGGUAGACAUGCUUGAGGGAGUCCUGAGUUGCCUGGACUCUGUUAGCAACAAUGCCGACGGGUCCUGGAGUAAUAGCAUGUCGAUACAUGCGCUGAUGCUCUCCACAGCCAUUAGGGAAUCGGAUUUUGUCAUUUCCCUUGUAAUCCUGAAGAAUGCCUGCGCACCCCUGAGGAACUGCAGUACGGUAUUCCGUUGCGGAAAUCCGGCUGAUAUCAUCUGCGAGCUGGAAAAGAUCCCUGUUAUAAUAGAGUCCCUUGUUAAGAUGUUAGAGAACAUCACUGUAGUGCACAGUACCUGGUUCGAGGAGGCAACCCAGCUCGCUGCCAAAGUUGCCGGAGCUCUCUCGUAUCCAGACGCGGUCGGCAGCUACGACUCUCCGGAGGUGGGCUACAGAGAGACAGUUAGCGUACCUGUCUUGAGUGGUCUGAUUGAGGAAAUGAAGUUUAACUUUUCGGAGUGUCACUUGAAAGCCCUCAGGGUCCUUUCUCUGCUUCCCACGUGCAAUCCUCUGCCCAUUCUCCCAGAGGCACCAGAUAAGCUCUACACUAUUUACCAAAGUGAUCUACCUGAUCCAGACGUGGCAGAGGAAGAGAUGAAUGCCUGGGCCACUGUUUGGCGAGAGAAGUAUCAGGACAGCUCGCUGCCCACCUCAAUCUCUGAGACUCUGCACCACGCUGAAGCUAAGGGUCACCCUAACGUGACGACUCUUCUGAGGCUUGUUGCUGUGCUACCUAGCAUUAGCAUGGAGUGUGAUCUGAUGAAGACCACUCUUAACUCGUUGAGGAGCUUGAUCGGGAAUGACUACGGCAGCACCAGCAAGACCAACACGGUAAUGCUUCUUAUGCAUCGCCCCAUGCUGAGGACUUUGGAGCAAGUGAUCGACAAAUGUAUGGAACUUGAUGCAAAGAGCCAUGAUUUCCUUUCUCCGGUGAAGGAGACUCUCUGUGUAAUGAAAACGGAUAGCGAGGUGGAUGGGGUUCCUUCAGAGGAAAAGGUCAAUACUACCAGCUCUGGGGUUUCAGAGAUAAUAAAUGGCACGGUUCCAAUCAUCGCACAAGACCAGCCCACAACUACAGCUCAGUGCGACAGUGGAGAGAUAAGCACUUCUACACUAGAUGGUACCACUGCAACUUCAAAGGAUAGCGCCAUGGAAAUAAAUGCGUCUAAUGGAAAAGCUGAGAUACAAGAAUCAUCUCCAAUCAGCACAGAUGGUCAAUCAGCAGCUACACAUCUAAAUGACGCUGAAAUUAGUUCAUCCACAAUGAGCAUGUCUGAAAAUGCACCAGAAGAACAGGAUGUUCCCAAAGAGCACAAAGCAACAGCCCAAGGUGUAACCGCAGAGCUACAAAAUGGAAAUGUGGAGCUCGUAACGGAAGUGGCAGCCCAAAGUAUCACCACUGAGCCUGUUGCAGCAUCCAAGGAUGUCCCCAUGGUGCUUGAAGAACCGGGUGCAAAUGUGGCAGCUGAGGAUGUCAUCGCAGGGUCAGAAGUGGCAGAGCCAGUCGCCGCAGAACCAAUCACAGCACCCGAGGAUGCCGCCAUGGAAGUCACGGCAGUGGCGCAGGAUGCUGCCACAAAGCCUGGAGUCGCUAUAGAACCUGUAACAUCAUCACAGGAUGUCAUUCCAGAGUCAGGUACAGCAGCUGUGGAUGUCUCCAUGGAGCAUACAGAACCUGUAACCGGAAUGGUAGCCCAGGAUGUUGUUACUGAGCAAAGUGUCAACGUGGAACCUGUAACCGAAGUGGCAGCUCAGGUUGCGACCACAGAGCCUGUUACAGCAUCCAAGGAUGUCCCAAAAGAGUCUAUGGUAGUGGCAGAGGAUGUCGCUGCAGAGCCUGUUAGAGGAGACAAAGACACUACUGUGGAACCCGAAGCAGCAGAAAAGGGUGUCACAAGUGUGUCAGAAGUGUCAGCUGAUCCUGGCAUCACAGAGCCUGUUGCAGACGCAGAGGAUGUCACCAAGAGUACUGAAACCCAGAGUGUCGCUGCCAAGGAGCCGUCACCAUCAAUCCAUGGUAUCAGUACAAACCCAGUCGCAGUACCCCAGGAGAUCACUGAGGAGCUUGUUGCAACUGGACAAGAUGUCACUACAAAGCAUGAUGCCCAGGGAAUCACCAAAGAGCCUGGUGUGAGAGUCCAGAGUGCUCAGGGUGUCACCACAGAGCCUGUAACAUCACCCCAAAGCAUGACCAUGAAGCCAGAUGCAGCAGUUGAGCAUAUCGCAAAAGCACAGUAUGCCACCACCAAGCCCUUAGCAACAGCCCAAAAUGAAGCCACAGAUCAUGGAACAGCAUCCGGAAACUCAACAACGGAACCCCAAAAAGCUCAAGGUGUCACCCCCAGUAACGAAUCCACAACAGCCCGUGGAGUGACUGUGAAACCUGUAACGUUGCCUCAGGAUACAAGCAGUGAGACCAGCAUAGCUCAGGGUGUCACCUCUGUGACUGUAUCAGAAGCCCAGAAUCUUUCCAGAGCAGAAGUACAAGAGGUCACUACACAACCUGUAACAACGGGACAUGACGUCACCUUGGAAGAUCAGAGUGUCUCCAAAGAGCCAAUAACAGCAUCCCCAGAUGCCACGAAUCCCACAGCAACAGUGCAGUGUGGGGAGUCUGUUACAGCUGAGCAAGAGGUCACCACGAAGAACGUGCCAGCAGCCGAGGAUGUCGCCAUGGACACCACUGAAGCAGAUCAGAGUGUUGCCUUACAAUCCACAGUACCAGCCAAAGGUAUUGUUCCUACAGAGUCGACAGCUGAGCACGUCCCUAUGGAGCUUGAUGCAGCAUCAGAAAAAAUGACCACAGAACCUGCAGAAACAGUCCAGGAUGUUGUGAUGGAGAGCCAAGAUGAAUCCAAAGGAGUGGCCCGGGACGUCACCAUGGAACCUAUCGCAGAAAUCCAUGACGUCCCCAUGGAUCCCACCGAAGACCUCAAAGCGGAAACUGAAGAUACUGACCUAAAGGCUGAUGUUCAAGAUGUAACCGAUAAAGUCAUGGCACCUGCUCAGAAUGGGACUUGCGAGUCCAAACUACUUUCUUCUGAUGGCGUAGAUAAGGCCGUACCUGCCAAUAAAGUCGGUGAUGUCCAGAUUACCACAGCGACAAAGAGUGCAACAAGUGAUGCAAACAACUCUACAGCAGCCGAAGUCACGCAUAUGACUGUUCAAGAUGAUCUCGAUCAAUCCUAUGCAAUAGCUCAAUAUGGCAUGGAUCCCUCCAAAGCAGUAGCACAAGCAGCGGGUGAAGAUGGCACCGAACCCCACAAGGGGGUCUUGUCGUUCUACAGCACUCCUGCUCAAGAGGCAUUUUUCAGCGAAAUUCAAAAUGCAAAGUUCUUUUCUAUUAUAUGUGAACAGCAAAUAGAGAUAGAAGGACAUACGUAUAUUCCCGUAGGGAUCUGUUACCUGGAGAAACGCAAGACGCCAUGCGAGGAUGUAUUGGCUUACAUCCCGCUUGACCAAGACAUCACCGUCUUUGUGGAUUCUAUGACAGCAGCUCUGUCCGAGAAGUGGGGUUUGAACUUGGCCUUCUGUCGGGGGCAAAGCCUACUGACGGUAGGUGCUGCAGGUGCGCAAGUGAGAGCAGCGGCAUCAUUGUUGUCUCAGAGGUACCCGCACGCUGUCCGCACUUUCAGCUCCUCCGUGUCCCUGAACACAUGGCUGGCCAAAUCGUGUAUUAUCUCUGAGAUAGCGGACAGCUACACGUGGGUGGAGAGGAUGCUGCAGUGGGUGACGGAGGAUGAAAAGAAACGGGCUGUAUUAUACAGAAUGGUCGCGUCCCUGUUCCAGCACGACGCGGUGAAGCACAGUGACCUGACUGAUAGGCUUAGCAGAAGCCAAUGGGAGAGGAGCCAUGACACUCUGGAUCUUACCGUAGAAGUUCUGGAAGCCAUCAUGCUCAGUUUGAACGACGUAAAGGAAAACCAUGACAUCCAGGCAGAAAGAACACAGGCUGGUGACUUCCUCAUCAUCCUGCAGAACUUUGAGUUCAUCUUGACGCUUGUGAUCAUGAAAAACGUCCUGGGUCCGACAAAAAGUUUAAGCCAGAAUCUCCAGAGCCAACCUCUGGAUGUGUUUCAAGCUGUGAAUAGUCUGUCUGAAGUACUUUCUUCACUGAGUGAUAUGAAAACCAACAUUGACGCACACCUUCAAAGCUGGUACCAAGAAGCAGUGGCGUUCGCCUCCAAGUUACAGAUCAGCGUCGACCACACUUCACAAGAGUGCUUGAUCAUUUACUGUAGAGACAUCGUCAGCAAAGGAGCGAUAGAUCACUCCAUUUGCGAGAUCACCGAGCUUUUCUCAGACCCCGCUCUGUUGGCCGUGCGCUGCUUGCAGGUUGUGCCUUAUGUCAUAUCCAAGACGGAAGGAUGCUGCACAGACUCUGACCUUUUCAGGGUGUACCAGGACGAUCUCCCAGACUCAAGCUCUCUGCAGGCGGAGCUUCUAAAGUGGCGGGAGAAGUGGUUGGACGCCGACGCGGCUCAACAGCCUCUUCCCGCUGGUCUUCUAGACACGCUCAGUGCCACAGACUCCGAGUCCUUUCCCAACAUUGAGACACUUCUCAGGCUCCUCGUGGUCUUGCCCUGUUUCAGAAAAGAGGACUUGAUCAGACAGGGAAAGAAGAGUCUCGUUGAGUUCAACCAACAGAGGUCUUUACUCGAGCUGUAUCCUCUAUAGAGCAGUAACCGUCAACCUGUCAACCCUCAACUGCCCCCUAAAACUAGCUUUCCAUUAAUUAGGGUGUCGUAUACUGCUGAAGUCCUCAGUGUGUUACUCACUGUAUCCCUGGUUACAGCUGAUCAAAUCUGAGCGUAGGUUUCAGUAGUUUUUUUUUUUUUUUUUUUUUUUUUUAAAUUAGAGAUCUAAUUAGAAUUGUACACUUUAAGUAUAAUCUAAUUGUUUUAUUUUGUUUCGUUGUCUUAUUUUUAUCUUGUGUGUGAUGUGGACUAAGAAAGAGGACUGCCUACAGGGACCAAUGUCUUGCCAAAAAAAAAAAAAAGCAGAAAAAGAAAGAAAGAAAAAAACAUGCCCUAGCCAGGGCUCUAAUGCUUUUGUGCCUUUAUGCAAAACCUUACCCUGACUCUUGGAUCACAAGAACUAAGUUUGUCUGCAAGAACGCUUUCAAGACAAGCUUUUUGGAAGCUUCCCAGCAUCUUCAGGAACUUUUACGAUUUUUUUUUUUUUUUUAAAUCAUGUACAUCCUAUAAAAAGAAAUAACAACCCAGACAUGUUCAGUCCAGUUACACUCAUUUAGUCAAAUAACCUGUGGGUUUCGAAUCACCUGAAUCAUGUCACGGUCAUCCACACGGCACAAAUGCUGAAAUGCUAUGUUUCAUUACGUGUCAAAAACAAGUUUCAUUUGUUUGCAGUUUGACUUGGAUGCAUUGGUUUCUGUAAACACUUUCUCCCAAAAAUCCUUCUCAUGGAAAGAAGGAUUCAAAUAUAUAUAUUUGACUAAAAUAAAUAAAAAUGAUUUAAAUGAA